AAAACCACACACACAUAAAAAGCAAAACAAAGUGUUGAAGAAGAAGAAGAAGAAGAAGAAGAAAAACCUCUCUGUUUUCCAUAUACACCAAUUUCUAUUCAAAGUGUUGUAAGUUUUUGACUUAUCAAAAACUCAGCGAUUGCAUAGUCGUAUCGUUCAAUUCUGUGAAAAACAAGUUUAGAAUGGCAAGUUCUCAAGUGUUUUCCGAUGACCGGAGGUCCGGCAAGUCGCCGGAGAAAUCAAAUUUUGCGCUGACUUGUAACCGAUUGAGUCAGUUUCUCAAGGAAAGAAGGAGCCUUGGAGAUCUAGGGUUUGAAAUCGCCGGAAAAAUCGACACCAAAGGGAGACCCGAAACCACAAGAAAUAUGGUUCCGAAGGUGGAAAAACCGGUCGGGUCAUGGGCACAACAUGGACUUAUGGAUCUCUUUCCUCAGCAUGCUGAUCUCCCAAAUAAAUCUAUUUCCAGGUUUGUUUCCUUUCUCAAGUCCUAUGCUCUCAUCAAAGCUGGGGAUCUCAUGCUUUUCGCUGGCAGCGAAACCAAUCCUGUUCCAGCCCCCAAUCCUAUUCCAGCCCUCGGAACAGAAAAUCAGAUCAAGUCAGGUGUUUCUGCAGCCUCAGGCUCGUUUACUCAAAACCAUCUUCAAUCACAAACUAAAGCUACUCAUUCCGAUCUGCCAGUGCCAAUAGCAAGAAGGGCAUCGCUUCACCGGUUCUUUGAGAAGAGAAAAGACAGGGCCACUGCUAGAGCACCAUACCAAGUACAUGGCGGUCCAUCGACUUCUUCAUCUUCCAAGCAUGAGGAACAGCUUGAUCUCAAGUUGUAGACAUCACUUUGUUUUGUGAUGAACUCAUUUUAGAUUCUAACUCUCUCAUCUAUUUACUUUAUUUCUUAUAUCAACUUUGUUCUUUUUUAAGGUUCUUGUUAGAGUUAUGAAUUAUGUAAAUCAGUAUUUAAUUUAUCAAGUUGUUCAAGGUUGAAGAUUUUUAAGAUUUGUUAUAAGCAUUUUUCUUCAUUA